GUCGCUUGUGUUGCCCGGGUGUGUGGCUGUGAGAGUGUGAGAAAGACUUGUACGGGAAGAAGAGAAUAGACCGUAGACGUGUGUGGGUGCGAUUUAAAUAUCUGGUGUUCUCAGGUGGCACCCAGCAUUUGGAUUGACACCGACAACAAGACAACUCCAUUGGAUCUAUUAUUUCUACUAACAUCUGUUAAUUUGAGGCGUAAAAAUGUCCGGGCAGAGCAUUACGGACCGGAUAACCGCAGCUCAACAUAGUGUCACCGGUUCGGCUAUUUCCAAAACUGUGUGUAAGGCGACCACACACGAAAUAAUGGGGCCAAAGAAGAAACAUUUGGAUUACCUGAUCCAGUGCACAAAUGAGAUGAAUGUGAACAUCCCUCAGCUGGCCGACACACUGUUUGAGCGGACCGCCAACACCAGCUGGGUGGUGGUCUUCAAGUCCCUCACUACCACACACCACCUGAUGGUCUACGGCAAUGAGAGAUUUAUUCAAUAUCUGGCUUCCAGAAACACUCUCUUCAACCUAAGCAAUUUUCUGGACAAAAGUGGUUUACAAGGUUACGACAUGUCAACAUUCAUCAGGAGGUAUAGCCGUUACCUGAAUGAGAAGGCUGUGUCCUACAGACAAGUUGCUUUUGACUUCACUAAAGUGAAAAGAGGGUCGGAUGGUGUAAUGAGAACUAUGAACACAGAGAAGCUCCUGAAGACCAUUCCCAUCAUCCAAAACCAGAUGGACGUCCUACUCGACUUCAAUGUCAAUGCCAAUGAACUGACCAAUGGUGUGAUCAAUGCUGCCUUCAUGCUUCUGUUCAAAGAUGCCAUUCGACUGUUUGCAGCCUACAACGAGGGGAUCAUAAACCUUCUUGAAAAAUACUUUGACAUGAAGAAAGUCCAGUGCAAAGAAGGUCUCGACAUCUAUAAAAAAUUCCUCACACGAAUGACUAGGAUUUCAGAGUUUCUCAAAGUUGCAGAGCAAGUAGGAAUUGACCGAGGAGAUAUCCCAGAUCUGUCUCAGGCCCCCAGUAGCCUGUUGGAUGCCCUGGAGCAGCAUCUGGCCUCUUUAGAAGGAAAGAAAGUCAAAGAUUCAACAGCGGCCAGCAGGGCCAGCACUCUCUCCAAUGCAGUGUCGUCUCUGGCUAACACGGGCAUAUCCUUCACCAAAGUGGAUGAGAGGGAAAAGCAGGCUGCACUGGAGGAAGAACAGGCUCGUCUAAAAGCACUAAAAGAGCAGCGUCUGAAGGAGCUCCAGAAGAACCCAACAGCGGCCACCACAGACUCCUCUCCAGUCUCCACAAUGGGAGGCACCAUCAACUCUGCCCCAGCUAUUGACCUCUUCUCCACUCCUAGCUCCAACAACAGUAGCUCCAAAGCCGCCAACGACCUUCUGGACCUGCAGCCCGCCUUCCAACAGCCACUGCCCCUGUCCACAGGCAGCACAUGGGGAGAUCCCUUUGCCUCUUCUGCCGAUGUUGCGGAGGACAUUCCCAACGCAAACCCUUUCCUCACUCUUCCUGUUGUCGAUGCUGUCCACCUGUCCAUGGCACCCUCAGACAAUGGGAGCCUGUCCUCUAGAACGCCUAACCAUGAAAUGUUCGAUCAUUACUAUCCCCUUUUUGAUUCAAGCUCUUCUUUGGCGUCUGAUUUUGAUUCUGCAUAUGAUGUAGAGCAGAUUAUCUCAGACUCCUUCUGUGGGCCAAACCCUUACGCCACCACUCCUCUGUACCAUUCUGAGCCCACUGCUGUAGCUGGUCUAUUCAGAGGGUUCAAUGCCUCCCCAACGCCACAGAACUCCCAAGGCCUUAAUGUCGACUUUGAUUCAGUCUUUGGGAACAACACCAAUGCCAACAACCUGGAUUCUACAGAUGUUUUAGGUGGCAUCCUCAAACCUACAGUGGCGUCUUCACCCAACCAAGCCCUGACCCCCAACGGACAGCAGGCGAACAAGCUUGUGUCAAAUGACCUGGACUCCUCACUGGCCAACCUGGUCGGCAAUUUGGGGAUUGGCAAUGGAACAGCAAAGAAUGAUCUGCACUGGAGUCAGCCUGGAGAGAAGAAGCUAACUGGAGGAACUAACUGGCAGCCCAAGACGGCUCCCUCCACCACCUGGAACCCCGCUACCAUGAACGGCAUGCUAUUCCCACAAUAUGCACCAUCUGUCAUGGCCUUCCCUGCAACCACCCCGACGGGCAUGAUGGCAUAUGGAAUGCCUCCUCACAUUGGCUCCAUGAUGAUGACCCAGCCCACAAUGAUGUAUACUCAGCCAGUGAUGAGGCCGGCCAACCCCUUCGGUUCUGCUUCUGGUGCACAGAUGCAGUUCAUGUAACCUCUACACAGGAAGGAGUUUUUCCACCUGAAGAUUAUAAUCAGUCAAAACUCAAAAGCAAGCCUCGGUUUGCUUCUAACAAACUCAUCGCCCUCUGAGACGGAACGGCCCGACACGGACUCGAGUAAUACAACCACUGACCCCACGAGGGGCCUCUCAGAGCAGCAUCAGUGUGGACAUUGUGCCCAUCUUGUCACGUCUGCGUUAAUAGGAGAAGUUUGUCUACAUUUACAAACCAAGGACACGGUUUGAUCAGACUCUGCUGCCAGCUGGACUCAAUAAAGGGAACAUUUUCACAUCAUUGUACCAGAAGAAGAACAGUAACGACGUUCAAAGCAGUCUUUCGUUGUCCCAGGAAGUUCUACCAAUCAUUAGUAUCUAGAUUUGAAAAAAAUAUCACCGUUCUCCUGUUGAUACCACGCCUUUUCUUUCAUUUUGUAUAUUGUUUGCAGUAGACAUUCCUUGUUUUGUUUUGUUUGUAUUUAUUUAUAAUUACCUGCAAAGAGGAUGAUAUUAAAAAGGAAAUGUAUCUAGUCAUUGGCCCCCAUCAUGGCGGCUCUUCAGGUUUAUAUACAUAGGUAUGACUGGUUGUAGACUUGGAUUUGGAGUGAUUGAGAUGAUUUUUAAAAGAAGUUAAUAUAAAGAGAUGUGUUGUUUUGCUGUCGGGGAUCUGAAUAUUCUCUGUACUCGCAUGAGGCCUUGUACAGUUUACCGUGGCCUAAAGGUCGCUGUAUACAUGUGUAUGGACCAGGGCUGGGCGAUAUCGUGAGUAAAAAAAUCUAAUCUAGAGACAAUUAUGAUGUUUUGGUGAGAUCGGCAACUUUAGGGAUGAAUCAAAUCGAUAAAUGUAUUCAAAACCACAAUUACCGUAAGAAAAAUAGAGGGCCUAAAACGAGAAUCAUGAUAAAACUACUGUUGUAUCCCUUCUAUCUAGACACUUUUAAUCACCCGCUCCUCCUAUUGGUCAGACUCCAUGUUCUGAGUGAGUGACAGCUGAUUUAACCAAUCGGAGCGAAGUGUGAACUCUCAGAAGCUGAAGAUGAGUUUAGUUAUGCCUUUAAUAAUGGCAGGUGAAAAGAUAUGAACUGCAUCAGGGCUGCAGUAACUGAUGGGAAUAAUUGUGACUAAUCAACUGUUUAAAUUGUAUUUUGAAUUUCGAUAUCGAUAUAUGGACUAAAUAGACUGAAGCACAUGCCAAAAGACUCACAGAGCACAGGUUACGGCUGCAAAUUGACGGGUUAACUACUGCUAUUAGCUGCUGUUAGCUACUCCUCAUCUGGGAGAACACUCACAGUAGUUCUUUUGCCCUCUCUCUCUCGCCUUCGGUUAUCUCUUUGCCCUCCCUCCAGACCUCUCCCUCUCUCCCUCCCUUCCUUCCUCCCUCACUCACCCUCUCUCAUUCUUAAAUCAAAAUGCUAAACUGUAGUAUUUCUGAUUUCCACCUGUAGUUAACCAUUGUAUCUAGAAGCCUUCAAGCACCAUGUUUCAACCCUUUUGAUUGUUUAACCCUAACAAUUUGACUAGUCUACCUAUUAAACAUAAACUGCAUCAAUCCCAAUUUUGAAAAAUGGAAAUCAUCAUCUCUGCUCUAAAAAAAAAAAAUCCUGCUAACAUUACUUUUCCCAUAUCGCCCAGCCCUCGUAUGGAUUAAAAAAAAAAGACGAAAUCAUAACCUUUAACCCCUGAUGCUUAGUGGACUCCGUCUGUACCGACCUGUGGAGGGAACACGUUUGACUUCAGCUCUACACACAUCUGGAGUGUGGUGCUACAUUGCAUUGGAAUCUACAUUAGAGCUUUUAGCCGCUUUAGCAUGUCAUUUAUUCUUACAUUUAACAGCGCUCCAGGCUGCACCUCCAACAUGAAUGUGCACAGCUCCCAUCAUGCUUAGCUCAUGUUUACAUAUGUGUGCGUUAGCUAGGGCAUUUGGGACAGUUAGGGUUAGGGUUUAGGGCACGGAUGGGUAGGGUGGGUUGAAUCUAGGGGCGUCACGAUAUAGAGUUUUUGUGUUUUGAUUAUUGCUGUGUUUCAGAUGACAUCCCAGCAUUCUCUAGGCCAAUAAUAUUUAAUACAGAUAGAGGCAAGUUAAAAAAAAAUUGUAAAAAUGUGGGGUUUUAUUUGAAUAUAGCAAAUUCUUUGUGAGUUUACCCGUUUCUGGAUAUUUCAUGGCAAAGUACAAUGUAAUCAAUAGGAAAAAACUAAAAAACUGGCUAAGUGACCAGUUUUUCCUUUUUUUUUUUUUUUUUUUUUAGGAAUUAAUUUUUGAGAUUACACAAAUAAUCUUGACGUCCCUAGUUGAACCAAAUGCCAUAGUGGAAGCAGUGCAUUGUGGGUCUAAUUGGGCACCAUAAGGCAAAGCGCUGUUGAUCGGUGCUCUGUUGGGUCUAUAGAUCUCACCAAUCACAGAGAUGGGGCGGGCACACAGAUGGAAGGUGAACUAAGCACGAUAAGGGCAGAAUCCAUACUCGGCAUAUUUGCUGUAAAGUCCAUGCAGUUUAUAUUUUUUUUGUUUUCCAAUAAAGUGCAAGCUUCCACAGUCCCGUCUAUAU